GGAAGUGGGACGACGUCGACAAACGGACUCGGCGCGCCUGAAGAAGCCUGCGCCGUAUAAAAGCGUCGGCCAGAGGCACACACGCACACACACAUUGCACCGCAUUGCACGACGUUGAGGCACGCCGGAAGAGACUAGCCGACCACGACCACGCUGCAGAAAUGUCCGCCGCCACACAGUCCAGCCACGCCGCCGCCGCAUUUUUCGCCAAGCUGCUAGUCUUCUGCCUCAUCGUCUGUGCCUACGCUCAAGAUCCGGUCAACCCUCCACAGCCGUACACAUUUGGCUUCGAGAAUGUGGACGAGUACGGCACGCAGCUCUACCACAAAGAGUCGGGCGAUGCCAGCAAUGCCAAGAAAGGCUCGUAUGGCUACAAGGACGCUGCAGGCCUGUUCAGACGCGUCGAGUACGUGGCUGACCUGAACGGCUACCGCGCCACAGUGGACACCAACGAACCGGGAACCGCGCCUGGACAAACGGGCGACGCCGUCUUCAACGCCAACCCAAUUGUCGUCCCCUUCGCUAAGUCGGCCUCCGCACCUGUGCCAGCCUUUGCACCGAAGCCAGUCGGAGCCGGUGGAAUCCAGUUACCUUGGUCGAUCUAAGAACGCUGUGAACAUUUCUUAGAGAAAUAUUGUAUAGCAACAAAUUCCUUGCCAAAAGAGCGAUAACCUUUGCCUAGUGUAGUUCCGCCGGUGAAUGUGUUAGGGCGAACGGCUCAAGUGUUUAUGAGAAUGAAUUGUCGGGUUGAAGGCAUUUUAGUUGCAAGUCACAUGCUUAUGCGGCACGCUUGCGCUUUGCUUAACUCUAAGCUGCUUUGUUCAAGUGCAUUUGUGAAGUUCAAAUUCUUGCUAGUUGAGUAUGCUUUAGGGCACAUGCUGCAUUAGCUUUUCGUUUCUUUGUUUUUAUUUUUUUGAAUAUAUCUGCUUUCAGUAUUCCAGGGUCAAAGCUUUGCGUUGGCUUGCUUCCAAAUCUGGUGUGAGGAUCUCGCGCGCUCCUGCGGUGCCAUUUGCUUUGUUAAGGCCGUGUAUGUUACGUUGUUGUGCAGUUGUCCUUGUCAAUGUUGUUGUGCAAAUAAACUGUAUGUUUUCAUCUUUGAA